AACCGCUGCAGCUCGGCCCUUCCCGGUUGGCCGGGCCAGCUGCGCCUCGGUUUUCUGGCGACCAUGGGGGACCCCAGCAAGCAGGACAUCCUAACCAUCUUCAAGCGCCUCCGCUCGGUGCCCACCAACAAGGUGUGUUUUGAUUGUGGUGCCAAAAAUCCCAGCUGGGCGAGCAUAACCUAUGGGGUGUUCCUUUGCAUCGAUUGCUCAGGGUCACACCGGUCACUGGGUGUUCAUUUGAGUUUUAUUCGAUCUACAGAGUUGGACUCUAACUGGUCAUGGUUUCAGUUGCGGUGCAUGCAAGUUGGCGGAAAUGCUAGUGCAUCUUCCUUUUUCCAUCAACAUGGGUGUGCCACCAGUGACACCAAUGCCAAGUACAACAGUCGGGCUGCCCAGCUCUACAGGGAGAGGGUCAGGUCUCUCGCCUCCCAAGCCACGCGCAAGCACGGCACGGAUCUGUGGCUUGACAGCUGUGUGGUCCCACCUUCAUCCCCUCCGCCAAAGGAGGAGGACUUCUUUGCUUCUCAUGCUCCUCCUGAGGUGAGUGGCUCGGGGUGGGCAUCAGCACAACCAGAAUCAUCUUCUUUAACACCAAGGAACAUGGAAACCACUCCAGCAAAUAAUGAAGGUGGAGCAGAACAAGGACCAAGUGUGGAUGGUCUUAAUGUACCAACAAAGGCUGCUUUAGAGGUUUCCUCUAUCAUAAAAAAGAAACCUAAUCAAACUAAAAAAGGACUUGGGGCCAAAAAAGGAAGUUUGGGAGCCCAAAAACUGUCAAAUGCAUGUUUUAAUGAAAUUGAAAAACAAGCCCAAGCUGUAGAUAAAAUGAAGGAACAGGAAGACCUUCUGGCCAAGGCAGCACCUAAGGAAGAAUCAAUUGUUUCAUCGUUACGAUUAGCCUAUAAGGAUCUUGAAAUUCAAAUGAAGAAAGAUGAGAAGAUAAACAUGAGUGGCAAAAAAAAGAUCGAGUCAGAGAGACUGGGCAUGGGAUUUGGAAGUAGCAGAAGUGGUAUUUCACAUUCGGUAACUUCAGAUAUGCAGACCAUUGAACAGGAAAUACCAGUCCUAGCAAAACCAAGAAAAAAGUAUAAUGAUGACAAUGAUGAUUCCUAUUUUACUUCCAGCUCAAGGUGCUUUGACGAGCCGAUGGAGUUGAAGAGCAGUUCUUUCUCUGGCUGGGAUGACAAUUCAGGUUCCUAUUGGAAAAAAGAGGCCAUCAAAGAUACUGACACAAUUCUGAAAACCACAGGCUAUUCAGACAGACCUACUGCUCGCCGCAAGCCAGACUAUGAGCCGGUUGAAAAUACGGAUGAGGCCCAGAGGAAGUUUGGCAACGUCAAAGCCAUUUCGUCAGAUAUGUACUUUGGAAGACAAGCCCAAGCUGAUUAUGAAGCCAGGGCGCGACUGGACAGGCUCUCCGCCAGUUCCUCCAUAAGUUCCGCUGAUCUGUUCGAUGAGCAGAGGAAGCAGACAGCAGGAAACUACAACCUCGCGAGCGUGCUGCCCGCCGCGCCCGACAUGGCCCAGCUGAAGCAGGGCGUGCGGUCCGUCGCUGGAAAACUCUCCGUCUUUGCCAACGGAGUCAUGACCUCCAUUCAGGAUCGCUAUGGUUCUUAACGCUGACGUCGUGAGCUGUUUCCCGGAGAAGUUCCUCUGCAAACUCACCACCAGUGGCCGCAUCACAGACUGCGGUGAAGACCAGCCAGCUCUGCAGAUGGUUUUGCUACUUUUUCACGUGGUAUAUAUACAUUACUGAUUUUUAAUAUUUCUUUUGAGAAAUCCUUAUUUUUGACAUAGUAGGCGCUUUAUUGUAAUUUCUGUUGGGCGUUACUUCCUGCACGUGUCCGCCUCUGGCAUGUCCACGCAUAUCCUCGCUUCAUUUUCUUGCAAUCUUUAGUUCCAGCAGCUGGGGGCCUGGAGACACGGGCCCCUCCCACCUGUCCGAGGACCGAGAGCCUUCAUGGGGGGGUCUCGGUGCUGUGUGGCUCAUGGGCCAAGGGCUGCCAGAAUCCACCGAUGCUAGAGGGGCCUGGAGAAACAAAACUCACAGCACACAUUUCAUUCAAAAGGAGCAAAGAAUAACAACAAAAGACCCAAAAUGACUGGUGUCUGAUUUGACAGAUUGCAUCAUUUGUAUUUCCACAUACUGAGAUGAUUUCAAAAUAAUGUUUAAAGUCAUCUGUCCCUUUGUAAAUUGUUUAUUUUAUAUGAUCUAUAAAUUUAAAAAUAAUUUUAAGUGAGUGCUUUUAACAAACCUGAGGUUCUGCAUUGCCAAGGGAAUUAAUCUUUUGACAAGGUGUUGCUGUUUGAAUUUAUGAGAAAUGUAAGAUAACUCCCUAAGUGCAUUUAUCAAUCGAUAUAGUGUACAGAAUUAAAAAUGAAUAAGGUAAGGAGAUGCACCCACAGAAAACACUUCAGUAUAUGGGAAAAUAGUAGUUGUAAUUGGGUAGUUUUGUAAUAUUUUUUAUCUUAAUCUUGGUUUUCAAAAAAAUUACAGAAUGUGUAUAAAUGAAUAAAGGAAAAUAAUUUGGCUGUGUUUUAGACAGCAUUAGAAUAUAUUGUUCAGCACAGUAAAAUAUAUUUGAAAUUUGAUGAACCAGAAAUGUGGUUUCAACUGAAUAUUUUGUGAAUCUUUCUUAAAAGCUCAAAUUUGUAGACUUCUCAAUAUAAUAAAAGUUGCCGCAGA